GUACCCUCCUGACAAGUACCCUGUCAUGGCAUUCAAAGGGGCACCUGCCAGCUUUCCUGUGGCACAGAGACACGUAAAGCUACACAAGUAUUUCCAGUGGUCAGAGACCAUAGAAAAAGAAGCUCAGGACUAUAUAAGUAAAACAUUCCAAGGCGAUUCAUUUAUUGGUAUUCAUCUAAGGAAUAAUGUUGACUGGGAACGUGCUUGUGAGCAUGCAGAUGGUCUUCCUACCUACAUGGCAUCACCACAGUGUCUGGGGUAUUCAGGGGUUGAUAGAAAAGUUACAGUGAAGAUGUGCUUUCCACCAAAAGAAGAAAUUCUCAGAUUGACCAAAAACAUUGUGAUAAAGACCAGGGCCAAGCAUAUUUAUGUAGCAACAGAUAAAAACCCUAUGAUUAAAGAAAUAGAAGAUCAUUUGAAACCACAAAAGGUAAAAGUACACCACCUUGACCCCUGGCUACCACAGAUAGAUCUAGCCAUCCUUGGACAGGCUGACCACACCAUCCUUAACUGUGUUUCUUCGUUUUCUGCUUUUGUGAAAAGAGAAAGAGACAUAAGUGACAAACCAAGUUCAUUUUGGGGAUUUAGCUGAGAUGCCCUGAAAAAAAGCAAUUUUUAAAAAAUUAGUUUCCAUCAUCUCUUUAAUAUUAUAUAUUUGGUGUGAACCAUUACUGUUACCAAGCGGGCACUUAAUUGCUAAACUGGUUUAUUUUUAGUGCAACUGUGUCAUGUAGAUCUGCUGGCUGUGAGCUGUUCAACCAAAUAUGCAAUAAUAUAUAUGGUUUUUGAAAAUAGCAGAAUACAGACAUGAUUUUUAAACUAUUGGCAAUAAAUAUUUUUAUACAUUUUUUAGUUUAUCCAUUUUAAAGAACACUCAAAGUACUGUCUUGAUGAUAUGCAGUAAGAUUUCAUGGAUGUAGCCUGCAGACGAAAUGUGUUUAUACUGGGUAUUUGAAUCUCCAGUUGCAUAGAUUGUCAUAUGGCUUGCUAUGGUUUUGUCCAAUACUGCAUAGUGUCAUUUUGAAGGUGAUGCCAAACAAAAACUUACAAGAUAAAGAAAAAGCUGCAAGGCCUGCAUAUCACUUCCAGCCAGUAAACAGAAAGAGUGUGUGAUGGCACGUGAAUUAAUGGAAAGUAUAUGCAACAGUGACCCACUUCAAGUAAAGGAAAGGAUGCAUGUUGUGUGCCAGGUCC